GUACUUCGACUUCUUUUUCCAACUAAACCUGUCAGCAACAACCAAAGACUCCUUAAAGUACAAUUUCAGGAAGAAGACAAGACCAACUGUAAUAGAUGGAAUCUGGCGAAACAAUGGAUUUCUUUGUUUAUGAUUCAGAUAGGUUCAUAUGGGAUGGACCUCCAGAUGAUUAUCCGUUAGUUGCCAGAAAUCAUCGACCAUUAGAUGCCGAAAUCAAACAACUUUGCGGAAAGAACAAGAUACUUGAAGGAUACAACACUACACUUUCGGAAGAAAACGCCAUCCUUAAAAAUCUUCUCGCCACCCACAACAUUGCCUGGCCCACCAACAAAAGUUCUAGCACGAUCUCUGCAUCAGGUUGUUCAACUACAAGGUCGAAUCCCGAGCUACCACUUGAAGUUAAAGCUCGCAUCAUGCGAUUUGCUUUGCAGUUAGCACAUCCAAUAAUUGACCCUGGUGUCAAAAUAUUGAAGUCCAAUGUCACUGAGAUGGAGCAUGCUGAGCAGAAAAGGCUCCCUGUUCAAUUGUUGCGACUGUCUAAAUUCUUCUACAAAGAGGGACAGAAAUUCUUCUUUGCGGAUAAUAGACUCAUCUUCACUCAAGUCUCAUCCUUGAAGUGGUUCGUCAGCACACACUCCAGAUCCUGUGCACAGUUGGAACAUUUAGAGUUAAGAAUUGUUGGCAAAUACUAUGACGACCAAGGUUCUAACAGAAUUAUCAACCUGGGCUUUAACAAGGGAGGUGAAAUUCGGUACGCGGUGAAACCUAUAAAGCGUAUUCCAAAUAUCAAUCUUAGUUGGACCGGUCUACAAAGUUAUUGCUGGAAGCAAAUGCUUGAUUUUCUUGAAGCACUCCAGCUUCCCUCGCACGAAAGGCAACAAAAUAGGCCAAGGGAGCAAAUAGCCUUCAAGAAUUUGAGUUCUAUGAAGAUUGACCUCGUGAACUUCGCAAAAAAUUUACCUCGCCCGGGAAUUGACCUGAGGAAAAUGGCAAGAGAGACAUUGGGUCCGAUCCUUGAUAAUCUUUACGUUACGGGUCAGACCUUGAAACGAAAUGGGUUCUUGGGCUAUGAAUGCUUGGGUUUUCUUAUGAGAAAUGGUGGAAUAAGGGGUUGGAAACUCUUGCCUUGCUUCAUAAGCACUCUCGCAAGUGAAUACCUGGAGGUAUUUACGACUGAUGAGUCCUUCGUACCAGAACUCAGGAAAUACGCCCAGACAUUACCAGAAUCUAGGGAGGAAGGCGCCGUGGAAAAAUACGUCUGGAAGAAACUCCCCGCCACAUUCGGCGAUUCGGAAGGAUCGCAAGUACGGUUCCAUAUUACUAGUGGACUACCUGUUGAGAAAGCUGAGAAAGAUCACAGAAUCGUGCUUUCUCGUGAAACGGAGGAUGUCCUUGAUGCAUACGGGGGUGUCAUCGAAGUUCAUGAUGUUGACCUCGACGAUGAUGGGCUCAUUAGAAUUUAUGGACCGAUUCGAGAUGGUUGGGGACCUGAUAUUUUAACAGCUUGGAAUGCUGAUGAUCAUGGUGGUCCGGAUGCUCGGAUAUGUUCCAACUGUCGCGAUAUGCAUGGCUAUGAUCAUACAGAGCCGGAUGUUCGUAUCUCGCUGAAUCGAGAUGGACAGCUUGGAGCUGAAAAUGGAUUUGCUAAGGAGAUAAGCGCUGCUGAAUGAGUGGUUCCGGGAGUGUAAUGCUUCUUACGAGUAAAACAAAGACGUUGCUAGGGAUGGUCUGCGAGUGGCAUGUGAAUAAGCGCGUGGCCUUCUGUACAUUCGAGGCUUGAGGGACUAUAUUUAAGAUAGCUGGUUUUUUGGUGAUGUUUUAUGAUGACUAUCGGAAUCACGAUACAAACUCGAGUCACUAGGUCAUCUUUGGAUGGGAUUGAGUCUGCAAAACUCAUCAAUACUUUUAGAUUAAUUCUA